UUUUCGCUACAUAUCGACAUCGAAAUAGACCCAAUGAUCUAAAGGCUCUAAAAACGCAUGUAAAUUUAUAUAUUAUACGAUAAAGAUCUUCGCUUUUAUACCCCAAAAAUGACAUUAUUUCUGAAAACUUUUAAUGGACUUCAAUUAUUUCAAAAAUUUUUAGCACCAAGUUGCAGUAUCAAUGUGAUUGCUUCCACAAAGCGAGAAAGACAUAAACUUACUGUACAUAGAUAUAAUGUACCUAGAUAUCGUCAUCCAGAGUGGCUCCCAAAAGUCGAACAUAGUAACUACAAUGAAAAUCUAACGAAAGAUAAUCAAGAGUUUCUUAAAGAAGUAACUCAAGACAAAUAUGGUUCAACUAAUAUUGAAUAUGGAAUGAAUAAUUCUCCAUUGAAAAUAGAUCCGAUUGAACCAAUUACAAAAUGGAGACCAGGUUUGCAACGUACUGGCUUAAUCGCUAAAAAAAUUGGAGUUUAUCCAUUAUGGUUGAAAAAUGGAAAAAAAGUUACCUCAACAUUACUUCAGGUGGUUGAUAAUGAAGUAGUAAAAUAUAUGCCACCAGAGAAAUUUUAUCCUGUUAGAAGCCGUAAACCUCCUCUGCAAAUAAAACACAGACGAGGAUGUCUUGUAGUAGGAGCGGAAAAUAUAGAUCCGCAAAAGAUUACUAAAGAAUAUUAUGGUAUUUUUAAUGAUACAGGAGUUAUGCCGAAACGUAUAUUAAAGAGAUUUAUAAUAUCUCCAGAAGCAGCAUUACAACCAGGAACUCCUUUAACUGUUGCGCAUUUUAAACCUGGAGAAGUCGUCGAUAUCCGCGCAAAAACAGUGGAUCGUGGAUUUCAAGGUGUCAUGAAACGAUGGGGUUUCAAAGGGAUGCCUGCCAGUCACGGUGUAACUAAAACGCAUAGAAGACCCGGAAAUAUUGGAUCAGGUGGUGCUAAAGCUCGAGUUAUGCCUGGCACUAAAUUGCCUGGACAUAUGGGUAAUAAGUGGCGAGUUCUAAAAGGUCAACAGAUUUUACGAAUAAAUACAAAGUAUAACGUGAUUUGGAUCAAAGGACAAAAUAUACCUGGAGAACUUAACACUUAUUGUCAUAUCUACGAUACAAUACUUCCUUUGAGAAAACACAAAACAGCGCCACAUUUCCCUACAUAUUUACCAAGUAUUGCUGAAGAGCUUCCGGAAGAACUAUAUGCGGAUGAAGUACACCCAUUUAUAGAUCCCACGAUAGAAUUUAAAGAAGAAUCUUAAUUGUGUAUAUAUCUGUACGAUGUUAAAUAAAAAAAUACAUAAAUUUCUUAUUUAA